UUGUUCAGAACUGUCCGAUCUGUCGCUAACCAAACAUGUCUAGUUCAUUGUUGGCAAUUUUCAUUUUAUUGUUGCUUAUGACUGCCAAUCUGGUUUCUUCAUCUACAGGAAUCACCGAAACACACUCAGAGUCUUCUGAAACUGGAACCGCCGUCCAGCAAGCAGGAGAAUCACCUAACAGCACGAAUAAGGAUCAGAAAGAUAUAAGCUUUGAAUCAACUAGCUAUACCAAAGGCCUCGAGAAAUGGAAAAAGGAGCGAGGUCGGCAGAAGAGAUUCAUACGGAAUCCAAACUAUGAUCUUCCACCGCCUCAUCCGGGAUUUGGAGAGGAAACAACCGUCAGCCUGAACAUAUAACCAGUGGAAUCUGUGAAAUUUUCCUGUUUGCACUUUACAUUAUACCCCAUAUAAGGGAGACCAUAAUGACUGUGAAAUUGCCAAUGUAAACAACUUCAGCUCCACGGAUUCCCAAUGCAAAUAAACGCAAAGCACAAUAAAUUGAAUUAGCAGCAAA